GGGAGUGUCAUUUUUGCGGACAAUUUUUUGCUGAUAUUUUUGCGGGCAUUUUUUCGGACAUUUUUUUGCGGACAUGCUCUGCGGACAUUUUUUACGGACAUUUUUUUGCGGACAUGCUCUGCGGACAUUUUUACGGUCAUUUUCUGCGGGCAUUUUUUGCGACCAUUUUGCGGAUAUUUCUUGCGGAUUUUUCAUUUUAAAAAUCAUCCAUGUACUUAGUCUCCAUUAA